CGCCGCCGCCGGCCGUGCCGCGGGGCUAAUUAGGCCAUCGGGGGAGAGAAGAGAUUAGCGUGCGUGGUCUGAGGGCCGUCAUGAAGGAGAAGAGCAAGAACGCGGCCCGCAGCCGGCGCGAGAAGGAGAAUGCCGAGUUCCUGGAGCUGGCCAAGCUGCUGCCCCUGCCAUCCGCCAUCACCAGCCAGCUGGACAAGGCGUCCAUCAUCCGCCUCACCACCUCCUACCUCAAGAUGCGCCACGUGUUCCCCGACGGUCUGGGAGACGCGUGGGGCGCCGCCCCGCCGCCGGCCAACCCCCGGGAGUCCUGCAUCAAGGAGCUGGGCUCGCACCUGUUGCAGACGCUGGAUGGCUUCAUCUUCGUGGUGGCUCCCGACGGCAAGAUCAUGUACAUCUCGGAGACGGCGUCUGUGCACCUGGGGCUGUCGCAGGUGGAGCUCACAGGGAACAGCAUCUACGAGUACAUCCACCCGGCGGACCACGACGAGAUGACGUCGGUGCUGUCCAACCCGCAGCCCGUCUUCCACAACUGCCUGCCCGAAUUCGAGAUCGAGCGCGCCUUCUUCCUACGCAUGAAGUGCGUGCUGGCGAAACGCAAUGCGGGCCUCACCACUGGCGGCUACAAGGUCAUCCACUGCUCGGGCUACCUCAAAGUGAAGCAGUUCGCGCUGGAGGCGUCGCCGUACGACUCCUGCUACCAGAAUGUGGGGCUGGUGGCGGUCGGCCACUCGCUGCCGCCCAGCGCCAUCACCGAGAUCAAGCUGCACUGCAACAUGUUCAUGUUCCGCGCCAGCCUCGACCUCAAGCUCAUUUUCCUGGACGCCAGACAUAUUAUGCAGAAAAUGAUGCGUAAAAUUGCAAAUGGUACUAAGGGACAAGUGACCACCAAGUACUUUCGAUUCCUCACCAAAGACGGCGGCUGGGUGUGGAUGCAGAGCUACGCCACCAUCGUGCACAACAGCCGGUCCUCCAGGCCGCACUGCAUCGUCAGCGUGAACUACGUGCUGAGCGACCUGGAGGCGAAGGAGCUGGUGCUGAACCUGGAGCAGGUGAGCGGGCGCGACGAGGCGGUGGCGGCGGCGAUGGGCGCCGACGCGCACGUGCACUCGCACGCGCACGCGCACGCGCCCUCGACGGCGGCGGCGGUGGCGGCGGCGGCGGCGGCGCAGGGCGGCGCAAGGCGCGCGCGUCGCCCUCGGCGGCGGCGGCGGUGGCCACGGCGGCGGCAGCGGCGGCGGCGGCAGCGGCGGCGGCGGCCGCGGCGCGCAGCCCAAUACCGCGCGCAGCCGCCCCCGGGCCCGCAGGCGCCGCCCCCGCAGCCGCAGCCGCAGCCGCCCGCGCCCGAGGACGACUACAGCGACUCCAGCGGCGGACUCAACACCUACGGCGACUAUGGCGCCGCGCACUUCCUGCAGGGCUACGGGGACGAGGCCAGCGGAUACUAUCAGGACCUGUUCUACCCGUACGGCGAGUCGCUGGCGGCGACGCAGCGGCCCUUCAGCAGUUCCUCGAGCAGCUGCGCCAGCUCGGAGAGCGACUCGCAGCAGGCCCUCCCGGCGCUGGGCUUCUGCACCGACGCGCCCUCCCCGCUGCAGCAGCAGCCGCAGCCUCAGGCGCAGCCGCAGUCGCAGCAGCAGCAGCAGCCGCCCCCGCAGCAGGCGCAGACGGCGCCGCAGCACACCGCCCACUCCGCGCACACGCACGCACACGCGCCGCACGCCGCGCAGUUCGGCCUCGCGUGCAACUUCAACAACAACCUCCCGGGCCACAGCCACCACCACAACCACCACCACCAUCACCACCACCACCACGGGAGGACGGCGGCGGCGGCGGCCGCCGCCUGCCGCAGCCGCCGCGGCCGCGCAGCCUUCCACCCGCAGGAGUACGGCAAGCCCGGCGCGGGGGCGGGCGCGGGGGCGGCGGCGGCGGCGGCCGCGGGCCUCCCGCAGCCCGGCUACACCAGCGUCAUCGUGGACACGCAGCAGUACCAGCUCGCCAACGAAUACGUGCACUGA